GCCCCAGGUGAGCUGCCGUCUUGGGCGGGUGAGCCCGGCGCCCCCCCCCGCCCCCCCCGCCAUGCCGGCCCGUGCCCAGCCGCCUAGCUCGGGGGAGCCCCGGCCAGCUGCACGGUGAGCCCGCAGCCAGCCGGAGCGGGAGGGACUUGUCGCCGGGUGCAGGACUUGCCGGGUGCCAGGGGAGCGGGGUCUGUCUGGCCCGGCCCAGUGGCCCCAGUCAAUCAUUAACUGCUGCAAGGAGAUGGCUGAGAAAGACGGGGGCCCCACGGUGUCGUGCUGGUCACUGCCCAAGGUUGUGGCUGUUGUGACUGGCGGCUUCCUGCUCUUAGCCGGUGUCGGUGCCAGCGUGUGGGCCAUUGUGACCUCUAUGCUGGGGAGUGACAGUGAAGGACUGUAUGGUGUCCAGGUCAGUUCGGCAGACCUCCGGCUCACGCUGUACGAUGAGAGCGAGGGCAAAUGGCGCCUCAUCUGCUCCACCUCCUCCAAUGCCCUGGUGGCUGCAAUGAGCUGUGCAGAGAUGGGCUUCGUCAGGUCUCUCUGGCACUCGGAGCUGGACGUGGAGCGCGUGGGCGCCAACGGGACGUCGGGAUAUUUCUGUGUGGACGAGUCUCGCCUCCUCCUGGCCCAUAGACUCAGUGAGGUCGUCUCCAUCUGUGACUGCCCGAUGGGCCGGUUCCUUGCAACGCUCUGCCAAGACUGUGGGCGCAGGAAGCUGUCUGUUGACCGGAUCGUGGGGGGCCAGGAUGCCAGUCUGGGCAAGUGGCCGUGGCAGGUCAGCCUGCGUUAUGACGGCACCCACCUGUGUGGUGGCUCCAUCAUCUCCAGCCAGUGGGUUAUCACCGCCGCACACUGCUUCCCUGAGAGAAACCGGGUGGUGAGCCGCUGGCGGGUUUUCUCAGGCGCCAUCUCUCAGGUGUCCAGCAGGGGGCAGCAGGUGGGGGUGACGGGUGUGGUGUACCACGCGGGCUACCUUCCCUUCCUGGACCCCAACAGCGAGGAGAAUGGCAACGACAUCGCGCUGGUGCACCUGGCCGUGCCCCUCAGCUUCACCGAGGACGUCCAGCCCGUCUGCCUCCCGGCGCUGGGGCAGUCCCUCCUGGACGGCAAGGUCUGCACCGUGACCGGCUGGGGCAACACCCAGUACUACGGGCAGCAGUCCAGCAUCCUGCAGGAGGCCUCUGUGCCCAUCAUCAGCACCGCUCUGUGCAACUCACCUGAGUACUACGGCAACCAGAUCCGCCCCCGCAUGUUCUGUGCUGGCUACGCCGAGGGUGGCACCGACGCCUGCCAGGGUGACAGCGGGGGGCCCUUUGUUUGUGAGGACGGCAUCUCCCGCACCCCCCGCUGGCGGCUCUGCGGCGUGGUCAGCUGGGGCACCGGCUGCGCCCUGCCCCAAAAGCCAGGGGUCUACACCAGGGUUGGCGCCUUCCACGACUGGAUCCACCAGGCCAUGAAGACUCACUCCCUGGCCAGCGGGAUCGUUUCCCAGCACUGACCCCUGCUGUCCAGGUUCCCGCACUACGGAGUUACGCCAGGCCUCCCCUUGCUCCCCAUACCAGACAGACGCCGCCCCCUCCAUUCCAGCCACGAGGGGCAGAUGUUCUUACAUGACCCACUGGACCUUGCAACCUGAUGACCUUCGACCUCUGACCCCCACAGCGCCUUGUCUGCGUUACUGGAAUGAGUAGGGUGACCAGACAGCAAAUGUGAAAAAUCGGGGUGUGGGUGGAGGGUAAUAGGAGCCUAUAUAAGGAAAAGACCCCAAAAUGAGGACUGUCCCUAUAAAAUCAGGACAUCUGGUCACCCUAAAUGCGAGUGUGGAUGGGGACUGGGGAGGAAUGGGCCAGAUCCACCUAUCGCAAUGCAGCGUGGCCCUUUAAGCCACCAUCCACCUAUCAUAAUACAGCACCGGCCCCCUAAGACCCCACCUGCCAAUGGGGGUUUUCUAGCUCCACCUAUCACAAGGCAGCGCAGCCCUUUAAGCCUCCACCCUCCAAUGGGUUCUACUGCUAUGGCUGCUCCAGGGCCUGCUGGAGUUCUUCAUCAGGGCAAGGGGGCGGGGGCUGGAGAAGAGCUUCUCUGUGAUUGGUUAACAAUGGUGGGAGUGACUGCAUAGGCCACACCCUCUGCCAUCCAUCAGCAAAUCAGGGUGGAGUGCUUGGUUUUAACCCCUGCAGUUCUGGGCAAGAGCAGCCCCAUCAGCCUGGGGCUCUCCAAUGCCAGCAGCUCAGCCCUCAGGGUAGUGGGGCGGGGUAGGGGAUUAGAUCCUGACCCACAGCCCUGGGAGGAACCAGGACACACCCCUGGGGGUGCUGAGACAAAGCCCUGCGUGGGGUGAAGUAGACCCUGACCUACAGCCUGGGAGGAAUCCUAAUACACAGCCCUGGGGGCUGCUGGACACAUGGGUUCAGAGCUGAUGCCCCAACCAGGACAGAGCCUCCCCCUGCCCCAGCAGGGCCCCAGUGGGGGGGAAGUGCUGCCCUUACCCCUGCCAGGUUACCCCCUUCCCAGUGGGUGCACACAUCUCUGGGGGCUGGGAGCCUCCCUCCCAGCAGCGGGUCCAGGGUUGCCAACAGUAAAUCUGCCCCGCCCCUUUAACACCCCCAUAGGCAGCACUGCUCCCAGCUGGACCCACCUCCUAUGAUUGCCUGCCCCAGCAAUUGGUCCUGGGGAGCUGGGAAGGGACUAGGGAUCCCCUUGUGUCUAUGUGCGGCCCCAGGCUGAGCCCCCUGCAUCCCAGUGUAUUGGGUGCUGAGUAUGGAGGGUCAUGUCCAGCGAGCACAGCACCGGUUGGCGCACGCCCUGCUCAGGUAGUCUGGGCUUUGGUCAAAGGAGCGUACGUAGGGUGGGAACCCCAUAGCAGGUAUUGGGGAGGGCAGGGGGAACAGCUUCGCUUAGAGAGGUGAAUGUACGCACAGAGCAGGGCCCAUCCCCUCCAGUAGGGGGCAGCAGGGAUGGACACACACAGUAUUCCAUUCUAACCUGGAUGCACACAACUACCCACCAGCUCACUAUACACCUGCCGCAUCCCUGCUACACAAACUCUCACGGAUCCCCCCUUUCCCCCACCCCCAUCUAUUGCUAAUCCCCAGCGGGUGACACCUGGGAGUUGUGGCUGCUCCCUGCGCAAUCCGGCUGGGGGGGUGGGGGCUCCUGUACAUAGCUUAUUGCAUUAGCUCCGCUCCCCCGGGCCUUGGGGGCGAGUCUCUCUUGUUGUAUAUGUUUGCACAGUGAUUGCUGCAAUGAGAAAUAAACACCGUUUUGAUUAGA